UCAGAUAGGUUGUGUCUUGGGGAAGGCUACUACAUGACACUGGUUUGCUUUGAGCGCACAACGCUUGUAAAUACGUAGGGCACCUGCACAGUGGGUGGACCGGUUUCGGUCCAUCGUUCUUUUUACCUCCAUUCAUGACUUUUGAAAGAGCACCGUGCACAGAGGUAGACGGUUUACGACGGGACAACCCCCGGCGGCAACCUGCUCUUUCCGACAGCGCGGCUGGACGCGCUCCGCAGGAAGGAGGGACGUCCGCGCGCGGUUUGUGUUGUAACGUUCAAGAACGCAUCUGUCGCAAGUUCCAGUUUUCAUAUGGACAUUCUGUUCCGUUGCACCUCGCCUCGCGUGGAGCUAUGUGACCACCGCGCUCAGUUUCGACGGCGGGAGUUGAAUCGUAGCGUGAGAAGAGACCUUUGGCUUCGUGCCCGAAAUGGCGAACCGCGAGCGAAACAAAAAGAUCUUAGUGGAACUGGUGAGGCGGCCGGACAACAGCCGGUGCGCGGACUGCGGCGCGCCAGAUCCAGACUGGGCCUCCUACAAGCUCGGCGUGUUUGUGUGUCUGAACUGCUCGGGCUUCCAUCGCAGCCUGUCCAGCCAGGUCAAAUCCAUAAAGCUGGACUUCUGGGAGGAUAAGCUGGUGGAGAUCAUGAAAUCCAAUGGCAACGCCAGCGCCCAAGCUUUGUACGAGAAAGCUGUUCCACCAUACUACUAUCGGCCCCAGCAGAAUGACUGCGUUGUCCUGAGAGAGCAGUGGACCCGGGCUAAAUACGAAAGGAUGGAAUUCACAGGAGAAACCAAGUAUCCACCACUUUCAUAUACCACAGGUUUCUAUGAGGGGAUGCUGUGGAAGAAAGGAAAAGAGAACACGCAGUUUCUGAAGAGGAAAUUUGUGCUGUCAGAGAGAGAGUUUACCCUGACUUACUACAACAAGGAUAAUGAGUCCAGAGGCCCUAAAGCUGUAAUCUCCAUCAAGGACCUGAACGCCACCUUUCAACCGGAGAAGAUUGGUCAUCCUCAUGGGCUGCAGAUCACCUACCAAGACGACAGUCACACCAGGAACCUCUAUGUUUAUCACGAGAGUCCUGAGGAAAUCGUCACAUGGUACAACGCCAUUCGUGCAGCUCGCUAUGCCUACCUGAAGACAGCAUACCCGACUGGAAGCGAUGAAGAACUGAUACCAAAGAUAACAAGAAACUACCUCAAAGAGGGAUACAUGGAAAAGACAGGGCCAUUGCAUAAGGAGCCAUUCAAAAAGAGGUGGUUUAUUCUGGACUCUCAAAACAGGAAGUUGUUCUACUUCAAAGGCCAGCUGGACGCAGAGGAGUUAGGGGCCAUUUUCAUCGGCACAGAGAGCAACGGUUACUCUGUGAGGGAGUGCAUCCCAAAGCAUGCUCGGGGAAACAAGUGGAACUGUGGCAUUAUGGUGGAGACGCCCCAGCGACAGUUUGUCUUCAUGUGCGAGCAGGAGAGGGAGCAGAGAGAGUGGCUGGAUGUCCUCAGACAGGUCCUGUCCAGGCCCAUGGCACCGCAGGAUUACACCAUCGAAGCCAACAUCAGGUAUAAACGAUGAACUGCAGACAAGCGUGUCAACAGGAUGAGGGUGAGAAGACCUGAAAACGCAAAUGACUGAACUACCGCAGCGUAACAGCUUAGCAGUGGCCUGUUCACCAUGUCGCUCCCAGUACUGACUCUCAUCUCUGUGCUAUAGUAAAACAUCUUGAACUCGUGACUCUGACUGUGCCACAGUGUGGCUUAACGUCCAUAUACUCACUUCAACUGACACUGGAUCUGAUGCUAAGACUUCAGAAGAUACUCUUACUUAUGACCAAACAUACACUCCUGUCAUUAAAUAAACACGUUGUAUAGUAACAGAAAAGAGUAAGAAAUGUGCGUGGUUUGAUUCAUAGACUACAUUUAAGUUAAAAGGGUGUUUAAUAAAAAUUGAUUUUCUAAUA